CACCACCGCACGCCUUAUACAGCGCCCAACGCGGAGGCAGUCACCAAACCAGUAUCGACAAGACUUCAAAACCCUAGACCGGCGACGCGUUCCCCUCUCUCGCCGCCGUAUUCCCCUCCGCCCGCGCGUCUCGCGGACGUCUUCGCGCUCUCCGGCUGCUCUCCCCGGUUCGCCCCACCACCAGCAAUGUCUUCUCAGAUGGAUAACCGCAUCCAGUCCGCUGGAAAGCGCGCGCGCACAGACGGUAGCCGGCGUGAGGACGACUGGAUUUGCCCCAGCUGCAACAACGUCAACUUCGCGUUCCGCACCACCUGCAACAUGCGCAACUGCGACCAGUCCAGGCCCGCCGAGCACACGAAGGCUAUGCAGACUCCACCCCACUACUCGGUGCCAGGGCGGUACAUGCCGCCGGGGACGCCUCCGUCCAUGUACCUCACCGGGGCUCCUCCCCCGUAUGGCUCAAACCUCUAUAAUGGGCAUCCCAUGCCACGCUAUGGCAUUCCUCAGCUCCCUCCGGGCUCUGGAUAUCCGUAUGGCUAUGGCGGGCGAGUCCCAAUGGGGAGCCCCUAUGGGCCAAUGCAUAUGGCGGCGCCACCCCCGUAUUCUAGUGGUUCUAUGGUUGGUGCAGGUGGAAUGUACAGCAUCAGCAUGCCCAUGGAUAGAUAUGGCUUGGGCUCACCCGCUGGUCCUGGGGCAAUGGGCACAAGGGCUGGUUCCUAUUCUGACGAAGGCUCACAGAAGAAAUCUGCUGGAGCUGGACGUGAUAAUGAUUGGAAGUGCCCUAAUUGCAACAACAUUAACUUUGCCUUUCGGACAGUCUGUAACAUGAGAAAAUGCAACACACCAAGACCUGACACCCAGGGAUCCAAACCUGACAGUUCAAGAGCUCCAAAACCAAAGACUCCAGAGGGUAGCUGGAAGUGUGAAAAGUGCAAUAACAUAAACUAUCCUUUCCGGACAAAAUGCAACCGUCCAAGUUGUGGGGAAGAAAAGCCAUUGCAGGCAAACAGUCCUGAUGAUCUGGCUACAGAUCAGGACAAUCAGUUUUUGUCAUGUAAUAUGGGGAAGCUUUUAUCAAAGCUGCAACUUUCACAUGACUUUGAAGACAGCAGUGUUCUAAUCGACAAGGAUGUUCCCGGGCAGGCUGCUGGACUACCGGUACCGACAAGUUCGCAUGCCCUGCGCAUGGCAGCUCUCAGUGAGCUGCAACACAGUUUAUAAGAUGACAAGUAACCAUUUCAUUUUUAUUUGAAAUCGUCUGUGUGGACCCUUCAUACUCUGUAUCAAGCAAUCGACGGUGUUGCUCACAGCCAUCUUGGUACGGACUUGGAUUGAAAGCUUGGUUUAGAUUUGUUUGGAGUGCAUAUUUUACUUUUGUUUUCAUUCUUAUGAUUUUCUUAUAAUUGUAUAAUUGAGGAUUGGUUGGCUUUGUUGAUUU